AUGUCGUCCACGUUCGCCGGUGUAUCCGUCCUGGCCGGCGGCGAGCUGUGCCCUUCCACAGAGUCGUCCGUCGUCACCAGCACGGACUGGGGGUACCACCUGCUUGUGGUCCAAGACUACUCGCGUACCAACUCUCGUCCUUUCAUGGUAGGAGGCCAUGAAUGGAGCAUCGACUACUAUCCUAACGGCUACACGAAGAGUUGUGCCGACUUCAUUUCUCUAUUUGUUAACCUUCUCGACGAGGAUGCCGAAGAGCCUGUGAAGGCGAAGUUCAAUGUCAGUUUCAUCGACGAGGCGGAGAAGCACAAGCCAAUGUACAUUUCGGAAACUGAAACAUUCGACUUCCGCUCUGAGUCCAUGCUGGGCUACAACAUGUUCAUGGAAAAAGAUGUCCUUGAACAAUCAUCGCAUCUAAUGAAUGAUUGUUUUACCAUCCGGUGUGACAUCAUGGUAUUCAGCUCCAAGGAUGCCGGUGGCGAUAAGGUGCCCCUGCCUGAAAUAGACCAACAUUUAAACAAUCUCCUUCAAACUAAGGUGGGUGCUGAUGUGACAUUCGAGGUCAGCGGCGAGAUGUUCGCUGCGCACCGAUGUGUGCUUGCAGCCCGGUCUAAAGUCUUCAUGGCACAGCUCUUUGGCCCCAUGAAGGAGGGCACUACUACAUCCUGUGUCAUACAGAUCAAAGACAUGGAAGCAAAAGUGUUCAGGGCUCUGCUUAGCUUCAUCUACACAGACUCACUCCCUAAGAUGGAGGAGGACGAAACAGAUGCUGUGGAAGAAGGAGAAGAAGAGGAAGGAACAGAGGAUGAAAUGUCAGAAGUUGCGGAACAAGGACAAAGAACGAAACCACCAGAGACUGUGCAAUGGCUGCAAGGCUUGCUUGUAGCCGCAGACAGAUAUGAUCUCCAACGGCUCAGGUUUAUCUGCGAAAGGCAGUUGUCCUUGCGCAUAGGUGUGAGCUCGGUGGCGUCUACUCUUGCUCUAGCUGAGCAGCACCACUGCCGCCCAUUGAAGGCGGCAUGCUUGAAGUUUAUCCAAGCCCAAUCUCCGUCGUGUUUGCAGAUAGUAAUGGCGACCGAUGGCUGGGAGCACUUAAUUACGACCUAUCCCUUUGUUUUGAACGAGCUCUUUGCCAUGGUUGCUUUGAACCAGAAGUAA